CCACAGCCAGUUACAGUCUAAGACUGACUCGAUCCUCACCAUGUCCUUCUCCAACUUCAUCUCCUCGGCCAUCGAGCAGGCCGCCAGCAACUACGCUGGUGGGAACAGCGGCAGCAACAACAACAACAACAGCAGCAGCAGCGGUAACGCCCAUCACGGUCAGGGGCAGGGCGGUUCCUAUGGUGGUGAGCAGCAGGGUGGGUAUGGGGGCGAGCAGAGCUAUGGCUCCCAGGGUGGUUACGGUGGUGGUCCCCAGGGUGGUUACGGCGGUCCCCAGGGCGGAUACGGCGGCGAGCAGGGCGGCUACCAGCACCAGCACCAGCAGCACCAGCAGGGCGGAUACAGCGAGGGCGGCUACGGCGGAGGUCCCCAGGGCGGUUCCUACGGCGGCAGCAACGAACAAAGCUACGGCUCCCAGGGCGGUUCCUACGGCGGCAGCAACGAAUACGGCCACAACCCCCCCUCCCACAACCCCAGCUACGGCAACGCUCCCUCCUACGGCGGCGGCAGCAGACCCAGCUACGACGACGUCUCCUCGGCGACCAGCCACGCCGAAUCGCACAGCGCGGGCACCGGCUCCUCGGACCUCUUCCAGAAGGCGCUGGGCUACAUCACCAACCGCCAUUCCUCCCAGGAGGAGGACGACGACAUCGACGAGUCCCAGAUGGUGCAGUCGCACCAGGCCGUGUACAAUUCCAACGAGGGCCAGCAGCAUGAUUCCAAGACCCUGGGCGCUGGCGCCGCCAUGCAGGCGCUGAAGAUGUUCACCUCUGGCUCUUCUUCGGGUGCAAGUGGCUCCGGCGGGAAGAAUGAGUUCAUCGGGCUGGCCAUGGCGCAGGCGAGUAAGCUGUGGGAGGAGAAGAGUUCCAGUGGCAUGGCUUCCGGCGACAAGCAAUCCGCCAUCAACCAGGCCGCUGAGAUGGCGCUGAAGAUGUACAUGAAGAGUCAGGGCAGUGGGUCGAGUGGUACCGGUGGGCCGGCCGGGUUGUUGAGUUUGGCCAGUAAGUUCUUGUAAGGUUGCGUGCCUUUUUUCGGGCGGUGCGGCUGGGUUGGG